UCAAGGCAUUGCAACGAACUGAUCAAAUGGCACAGAGUGUGCAAAUGCCUCGUGUGAAACUCGGAACUCAAGGCCUUGAGGUUUCAAAGUUGGGAUACGGUUGCAUGGGCCUUACUGGUGCCUACAAUGAUCCUCUUCCUGAAGAGGAAGGCAUAUCUGUUAUUAAGCAUGCUUUCAGCAAAGGAAUCACUUUUUUCGACACAUCUGAUAUGUAUGGGCCACAUGCUAACGAAAUUGUGCUCGGAAAGGCUAUAAAGCAGCUACCGAGAGAAAAGAUCCAAAUCGCGACGAAAUUUGGCAUUACAAAGAUCGACUCUUCUGGAAUGGUUGUUAAGGGUACACCAGAGUACGCUCGCUCAUGUUGUGAAGCCAGCUUGAAACGUCUUGGUGUUGAAUACAUUGAUCUCUAUUACCAGCACAGAGUGGACUUAUCUGUACCUAUAGAAGAAACAAUUGGUGAACUUAAGAAACUGGUGGAAGAGGGAAAAGUGAGGUAUAUUGGAUUAUCUGAAGCUAGUCCAGAUACAAUAAGGAGAGCACAUGCUGUUCAUCCCAUCACUGCUGUUCAAAUGGAGUGGUCCCUAUGGACUCGUGACAUUGAGGACGAGAUAAUUCCUCUCUGCAAGGAGCUUGGCAUUGGAAUUGUACCAUAUAGCCCUCUUGGUCGAGGCUUUUUUGGUGGCAAAGGAGUUCUGGAAACUGUGUCAACAGUUAGCUCCCUGAUUACACAUCCACGCUUCCAAGCUGAGAACUUGGACAAGAACAAAAAAUUGUAUGACAAAAUAGAAAGCCUUGCUACCAAACAACAGUGCACUCCUUCCCAGUUGGCACUAGCAUGGGUGCUCCACCAAGGCAAUGAUGUUGUGCCUAUUCCCGGAACUACUAAGGUUAAGAACCUAGAUCAAAACAUCGGUGCAUUAUCAUUGAAAUUAACAGAAAGUGACCUGAGAGAAAUUUCUGAGGCAGUUCCCAUUGAUGAAGUAGCUGGUACUCGACACUACUAUGGAUCGGCUAGUUUUUCAUGGACCGUUGCUAAUACACCUCCAAAAGAUCCGAGGGUUUAAACUUGAAGCACUCGAAAUCAUUUUCAAUCGGACAAUGCACUAAGUUAUGAAUUAAGCAAGUUAGUUGUUGUUUUUCUCAUUGUAUGCAAAAUCCUAUAUGUGGGUAUCUUAGAAUGUGAGUUUGUCCGCGAGUCUAAUAUGAUUGUAUUGUUAGGUUUGCGAGUUAAAUUUAAUAAAAUCCAAGUCAAUUAUGGCCUCUUGGUGAUUAA